GGAAGCAGCUCUGCUCCAGCGCUUUCCCUAACCCCGCCACUGCCCCUGUGCUGAUUCAUUGAUUUGGACGGGUUAUAUUCUGGGAGGGGAAGAAUGAACCACACUCUGCUCUCCUGCCAGCACGGGGCUGUGCUCGCUCGCUGCUCGUGGCUGCAGGACACUCGGGCCCAAUGGAGCAGGGAGGCUGGCAGCGGUGGCUGCUGCUGCUGCUGGGCAUCCAGCUGGCCAGCAGCCAGUGCCCAGAGCAGUGCCAGUGUGUCCGCAGUGCCCAGGUGGAGUGCUUUGGUGCCGACAUCAGCACGGUGCCCAGCCCCAUCCCUGCCAACGCCAUGACCCUGCAGAUCAUCAACACGCGCAUCGCCGAGCUGGGCAACGCCGCCUUCGGCAACGCCUCCCUGCUCAUCGGGCUGCGCGUGGAGAAGAACCUCCUGUCUCGCAUCAGCCCCGGGGCCUUCCAGAACCUGCCCGACCUGCGCUACCUCAGCCUGGCCAGCAACAAGCUGCAGGAGCUCCCUGUGCAGGUCUUUGAGCCUCUGGACAAGCUGGAGUCUCUGCUCCUCUCCAGCAACCAGAUCCUCCAGGUUGAGCCUUCCCACUUCGCCCAUCUGAGCAACCUCAAAGAGCUGCAGCUGCACGGGAACAACCUGAAGGAGCUGCAGGAGGGGGUGUUUGACCAGCUGACCAGCCUCACCAAGCUCAACCUGGCCAGGAACAACAUCGACCGCCUGCCGCCCCGGGCCUUCGAGCGGCUGGCGCGGCUGCAGGUGCUGCGGCUCUACGAGAACCGGCUCCGGCACAUCCCAGUGGGCACCUUCGAUGGGCUGCCGGAGCUGCAGGAGCUGGGGCUGCACCAGAACCAGCUGGAGACGCUGUCCCCGGAGCUCUUUGUGCACAACACCAACCUGCAGAAGCUCUACCUGUCCAACAACUUCCUCACCACUCUGCCGAGCGGCAUCUUCUUGCCCCUGCACGCUCUUGCCAAGAUCACCCUGCACGUCAACCGCCUGCGGGACAUCUCCCCCAGCGCCUUUGGGCCUACGCCCAACCUGCAGGAGCUCUGGCUUUACGAGAAUGAGCUUUCCAGCCUCCCCACUGCUGUCUUCAGCAACCUGACCCAGCUGCAGCUCCUGGUUCUCAGCAAGAACCGGCUGCGGUCGGUGCCACCGGGGGCUUUCCAGGGCCUGGGGGAGCUGCUGGAGCUGUCGCUGCACUCCAAUGCCCUGCGCCGCCUGGAUGCCCGGGCACUGGAGGGGAUGCCCAAGCUGCAGAACAUCUCUCUGCACCACAACCAGCUGCAGGCGCUGCCACGGGGCCUCUUCAAGGCCACCCCUGGGCUGCGGCACCUGCAGCUGCACUCCAAUGCCCUGGAGUACCUGCCCGCCGGCAUCUUCUCCCCGCUGACGGCCCUGAGAGAGGUGAGGCUGCACAACAACUCCUGGCGCUGUGACAAGGGCAUCCUGCCCCUGCAGGGCUGGCUGCAGGAGAACCCUCACAGGGUGGGUGAGAUACCCCCGCUGUGUGCCCAGCCUCCCGCCCUGCAGGGCAUCCCCAUCGCCGGGCUGCCACAGGACCACUUCAUCGACCCCCAGCCCCCCACUGCUGCUGCUCCUCAUCCCAGCACCCUGCUGCCUGCUGACACCUCUGUGGCAGCCUCAGAUGAUGCCUCAGCAGCAGAAGAUGCCUCGAUGGAGCCCCCCACGGGGCUGCCAGCCUCCCCACAUGAGGGUGAGGAGGAGAAGAAAGAGGAGGAAGAGAGGGGGCAGUGGGGGCUGACACGCCUGCAGAGUGGGGUGGUGGUAGCAGUCAUUGUGUUGGUGAGUGUGGCCCUGCUGGCUGCUCUGGUGGCACUGGUGGUCUAUGGCUGUAGGAAGAAGAGCCACGUUGUGCUCAUGAGGAUGAAGGCUCCGAAUGAAUGGCACUGCUGCCUGAGGACUGCUGCUGUGGGACAAGUGAGGGCAGCUCCGCCCCAGCAGGAACAGCUUGUUCCUGGCUUCCCAUCCGCCCAGAAAACACUGUCCCAUCCCAGCCAGCAGCAUCCCUGCACAUCUGCCACAUAUUUGGUGACCGACCCCGUGAUGCCACACUUGUGCAGGCUGCUGAUCUACGUGCUGCUGGGGCUGGGGUCCCUGCUGGUGGGGGCACUGUCCCCAUCCUGCCCCCCUGCCUGCCAGUGCUAUGACACCUCCAAAGUCUUCUGCUCAAAUGAAAGGAUACGGGAGAUCCCGGAGGGCCUGCCAGGAAGUGCCACCCACCUCUUCUUUGUGGAGACAGCCCUGACCAGCAUCCGCAGCGGGCACUUGGGCUCCAGCACCACGCUCACCAAGCUGGUCUUCAUCAAAAACAACAUCCAGGAGCUGCAGCCUGGUGCCUUUCAGGGGCUGCCCAGCCUCACUGAGCUGGAAGUGUCAGGCAACCCCUUGCCAGCUGUGAGCCCUGGGACACUAGCAGGCUUGACCAGCCUCAGCAAGCUCUCCCUCAGUGCCAACACCAUCCGCACCCUGCAGCCAGGGCUCUUCACUGCCUCUUGCCGCCUGCAGGACCUGAGCUUGGCAGGGAACAGGAUCGAGGCACUGCCCCCUGGCAUCUUCCGCCCACUCCGGCGGCUCCAGGCCCUGGACCUGUCACAGAAUGCUCUGCCCGAGCUGCCGGAUGGGCUGCUGGCCCCACUUGUCGCCCUUCGUGUCCUCAAGCUCAGUGACAACCUGCUGGCACGGCUGCCUCCUGGUGCUUUCAGGGCACUUGGCCAGCUCACCGAGCUCCACCUGGACGGCAACCAGCUGGAGGAGCUGCCCUCGGGCAUCUUCUCCAGGCUGGGGGCACUGCGGCGGCUGCAGCUGCAGCACAAUGCCCUGGGCAGCCUGGCCCCCGACAUCUUCACGGGUCUCCUCAACCUCACUGUCCUCAGCCUGGAGGGCAACAACCUGGCCAUCGUGCCUGCCCUCCUGUUCGCUGGCACCCCUGGCCUCCUCCACCUCUCGCUGUCUCGCAAUCAGCUGGAGACACUGCCCCAGGAGCUCUUUGCGAACCUGUCAGUGCUGGAAACCCUGGAGCUCUCACACAAUGCCAUAGAUCACCUGCCCAUCGGGGCUUUCCAGGGUCUGGAAGGGCUGACAGAGCUCCAGCUGAGCCACAACAACCUUUCCAGGCUGCCGGCGGGGCUGCUGGCCGGGCUGCCCCUCCUUACGGCCCUGGUGCUGGACCACAACCGCCUGGCCCGCCUGCCCGCGGGGCUCUUCGAUGCCAACGAUGAGUUGGUGCGUGUGGGGCUGGCUGGCAAUCCCUGGCUCUGCGACUGCCACCUCUCCUACCUCCUGCACUGGCUCCAGAGCUUUGCUGAGCCCCUCACCCACGGCCAAGCCUUCUGUGCCAAUCCCGCUGCUCUCCAGGGCCGGUCCCUGCUGGAGGUUUCCCGCGGGCAGCUGCAGUGCCCGGGAGCACACGGUGUGCCCCCGGAGGAGGGCUGGGACACAGAUGCUCCGGGGCAGUGCACCUACAGCGACCCCGAGGGCACGGUGAGCGUGGCCUGCAAUGCCACAUCGUGCCAGCAGCUGAACCUGCGCCUCCCUCCUCCCGGGCCGGAGCGGGGCCUGGGGGCGGCCUACCGGCGGGCCUGGCUGCUGCGCUCCCGCUGCGGCACGCUGCAGGUCAGCGUCCUUGUCACAGCACAGAGAGGGAGCGAGGUCACACCACCAGCUCCCCCCGCCGUGCCCUAAGGCCUGGGCAGGCGUUUGCUUCUGCUCUGGCAGCCUCUGGACCAGCCUGGGAAGCAAACAGCUCUCCAUCUCGCUCUGCUACUGCUGCCAUGGUCCCCAGCUGUCCCCGAGCUCUCUGUAACAGCUGGCCUGGGGCUAUUUGCCCUCUCAGCUAUGUGUUUCCUGUGUAUUUCAAAUAUAAUUAAAAUGUAUCUAUUA